AUGGUUGCUCGCUCAACUGCAACUUUUCACAAAACACCGCAAAAGACACUAGCUCAUAGCAAAGCAGUUAAAGCAGAUAGAGAUCCAAUAGUCAAGCCUACGCUGAGAGUCAUCACUGCCAGGAAGCAUAUAAUGGCAACCAAAUCCAACCCCCCAAAAGUCCGCAAAAUCGCCGUCCUAGGCUCUCGCAGCGUCGGCAAGUCCUCCCUAAUCCUUCAAUUCGUCGAAAACCAAUUCCAAGAAUUCUACUAUCCCACAAUCGAAAACACAUUUACCAAAAUCGUCAAAAUCCGAGGCCAGGAAUUCGCAUGUGAGAUAAUCGAUACCGCAGGACAAGACGAAUUCAGCAUCUUGAACUCUCGUCAUGCUGUCGGAAUCCACGGAUAUGUCCUCGUAUACAGUAUCGCUUCAAAGACGAGUUUUGAAAUGUGCAAGGUUAUCAGGGACAAGAUUCUGACGUACACGGGAAUCAAUUGGGUGCCUGUUGUGCUGGUGGGUAAUAAAUCGGAUUUGGGGGCUCAGAGACAGAUUACGCUUGAUGAGGCGACCAGACAGGCUAGUGCGUGGAAUUGUGCGAUUAUUGAGAGUAGUGCCAAGUUGAAUCAGAAUACAAACAAGAUAUUUGAGAUGAUGCUCGGGGAGAUUGAGAAGCAGAGUGGGGAGAGUAGUGAGCCCAAGUCGAAUUGUGUUAUAUUGUAA